UCAAUAUAUUCUAAAAAUAUAUAUUAUUUAAUAAUGGAAUAUAUUAUUGCAGAAAUAUACUAUGACAUAGGACAUAGAUGGUUAAUUUUGUCGAAACAAUGAAUUUGUUGAGAUGGGGCGAUGUUAUCGCAUAGUUUACAUUCAACACAAAUUUAUCAAUGGAAUCAUGCAUGUGAAUGACACCGGAGCAGCGCCGCGAGCGCACGAUACGAUCCACCUGCCGUGCAAGACGGUCGGCACGCUAAUGAGCCGUGCGCAGCGCCGUAUGUGAGUUGCACCGCUGCAAUUGGCUGGACGCUCUGCGCACGUUGAUCGCGCUCACGGCGGCUCGUGACGUCAAGCCCUGGUUGGCCAAUGCCGCCAUCCCGAUCGCAGUGUUCGUCGUGCGCGCGUGAGGUUCACGGAAGUGUGUGUGUUACUCGGUGGCAGCGGAGCCACGCGGAAACGCAGCCUACGACGGCAGAGCGCAGCAUCCCGAACGCGCGACGACGCGUCGCGCGUUAUACGCUCGUCUCCGAAAUUUACGUUCGAGACCGCAUCUCGUUGCACGUGCUAAUAUAUAUACUCGGUGGACUCGGUGAUUAGUCGGCGGGAGAGAGGGAGUCGUGAACAAGAGCACAAGGAGAAGGAGGCAAAUGCGUCUGGUGCGACACGCACACGCGGAAAGAGCGACGGAGAACGUGAGAGACGAGGGGGAGCGAGAGGGACGGAGUAGUAGAUAUAGCGUGGAGUGUAUCGUCGCGCCGCACCUGACAGUCCACGCGGCCCGGCCCCCCCGAAAAACACUCUCGCCACGCUAUAUACACGCGGAGAGGACCAGCGCCGUGUUUCACUCAGAACGCGAGCGCCAUUGGCAAUGUCGGGAAGUGACAGCCCAACAUUCUUUCACGGCCAGCCGUGGUCCAGCUGGAUCGAAAGAAUCGGACGGGACAAGCCGCUGAGUGAUGAAGAAACAGAUGUCCAGCCUUCAAGCUCAGUCACAAGACUUUCUGCAGAAGAUAUUGAUUUAUAUGGCUUCUGCCCAGAGAGAGACACAUUUUAUGGAGUAGUAUGUGAAAUAUGCAAUGCUAUAGUAAAACCACAAGCUCUCAUUCAACACAUGGAGAGUCGUCAUCCUUCUGGCACGGCUAAUUUUCCACCUCCCCCGACCCCGACCUCAAAACCGCCCGUGAAAACUCCCUACUGCAAGUUAUCCAAACUAAAGAAAACCACCCAGUCACCAGCCUCCACUUCCGCCUCUACAUCUUCGUCAAUCACCAAUGCUGGCAAUGCAAAGCUGAACCAUGCGACCGUUAAGCGUACUGUGGAUCAGCCUAGCCUAUCCAUAAAUAGCACGCUGCCGAUCUCCUCGUCACCUCGAUCGCCGCUCGAAACGAUAUCAGUGCAGACUACCUCCUCUACCGUGGCCGGUCCUUCAAAUGCUGUCGGCGUGUCAACGAGCGGCGGUAACAGUUCGGGGAAAAGUCCCGGCAGCAGUAGUAGCGGAGGUGGCCAGCCUCGUCGGAAGAGGCUUAAAACGGACCGGUCGUUGCUCAAGGAUCGCGAAUACGAUCCCGACCGGCACUGCGGCGUCUGGAUCGAGGAGACCGGCAAGCCGUGCACCAGGUCGCUCACAUGCAAGGCUCACACUGUCUCGAUGCGCCGAACGGUCGUCGGUCGCAGCAAAACCUUCGACAAAUUGCUCGCGGAGCAUCGCGCUGCGAAGGAGCAGCCGAACAACGGCAGUAGUCGGCAGACGACGAAGGUGACGGUCGCCGGCACUGUCACCGUGUCCUCGGCCGUUACCGCCGCCGCCGCCGCCGCCGCCGCCGUCGCUGCGUCCAGCUUAAACAAUCCCCUUGCCCCUAACACCCCGAUAUCCAUCGCCGAGCCGGAAGCACCAAGUUCGCCGCCUGUACUAUCGCUGCCAGACACGUAUCCACUGCCAAAGGCUGUUGAUUUGCUUUAUCGGUGUCUGGCCCCGCAUGGCUCCACUAAACCUACCAAACUUGAAGAGGACUUCGUCAACGCGGAGGAGCUGCGGAAUCUGGAGUCCACGCUGGUGGUCAACUCCACCGUCGCCAGCGGCGGCGGCAGCGGCGGGUCGCAGCAGCAGUCUGCUUCGAUGAUGGCGCCGAUAUCCGUGAUGCUGCCCUCCCUCUCCCCAUUGCCAGGUAACAGCGAGGGAUCACCGGGAGUGGCCACCCUGAUACCGAGCACCACCGCGACGUCUGCGAUGCCGGUCAUAUCGGCGCCACUGCCAGCCACCUGCGUGCAACCGGCCACGGUGGUCGCCACGGUGCUCGAGGCCGAAACUCCGGUGGACAUCGACGCCGAAACGAUGUCCAUGUAUUCGCCCGUCUACGCCGCCGCCGCCGCCAAGGACACCAAGUCGCAGCUAGUGAUGCAGAUACAAUCGCGACCGAACAGUCACACGUCGCAGUCGCCAGCCAGGAGCUAUCAGCAGAUGCAGGCCUCCAUAUCGGGCCUGAACCUGUUCGAGCCGGUGGAGCAGUUGGAGCAGCAACACGCCAGUCAGAUCAACGGGAAGAGGCUGAAUCACGCGGUGUCGUCGCGGCAGCAGAAGAGGCACGUAAAGUCGCAGCACGAUCUGCUCACGUCCUGCCAAUCGUCGCAGGACUUCUCGACGUCGAUCCAGGUCGAGGCGACGACCACGUCGUCGCCGUAUCCUCAUUUCGGCGACAUCACCUGGUCGAAUUACCAUCCGGAGCCGCUGGCGGUCAGCCGGUGGCUCCGCAUCUCGUCCAGCCGCAAGCAGUACAACUUCAAUAUUCACUGACACAAGACCCCACCCACCCCGGGCUGAGGACCGUGCGCUGCGGGCGUCGUUUGUCUACCUCUUUUCUUUCACGAUACCCUCUUCACCAUCGCCGCCCAUGUGGUCAUCCUAGUCGUCGCCGCCGCAGUAGAUGCCACGUCCGCAGCCCGUCGAGGAGGGAAGGUUCUUGUUUCUACCGCCACCAUGAUGUGAGUACUUCGCGCAAUCACGGAAUUGAUCGAGUGAAGGAGCCGGUCUAGGAUAUUAAUCUGGACUCUUUUCGCGCCGAGACCUUCGACCUUCCUCUCUUGUGCGCGAAGCUUUUAGCCUCAAAACGCGAGUUCCCUCCCCCCCGAUCGUCGUGGAUCGCCGUGGAUGUUCGACGACCCAUGACGAUCGCGCGUCUGGACGUGUACCUGAACUCACGGAACUCCGCGGACAAAAGGAACGGGUUGCACAUCCCGCUCCCGUUUACUCGCUGAAUUUACAAUGUAAGAUAGGGAUUAGGUUAGAGAGACAGAGAGGGACGGGAACGAUUGAGAAGCGUGUCUUAAUAACCAAACGAAUGGAAAACGCCGCGAAAUACCCAUGUAAAAUUUCCGCACAGAAUUCUCACAGUACGUAGUGCACCGUUGUGACUUAUUCUAUAGUUCGUGACGUUCGCAGAACAUUCCUUCAGUCCUUUUUUUUUUUCUCUCUCGUCGACGCACGUCACGACUCCUCGCAUCAUAAAAGCUACGAGGAUCUUUAUUAUGCAAUUUUUUGAAGUGUUCUUCAAGGAAAUAUUGAGUUUUCUAUCGGAAAUUAGUAUACAAAAUUGCUCUCGUCGCAAGAGAGCUCUCCGCGAAAUGAAAAAUUGAUAACCGCAUGUUUAGAGCUUAACUGAUCGAUAAAAAUUAUGACCAUGUGAUUCUUUUCACGAUAUAGAAUGCCGCGCAUUUAUUAUUGAAUUAUGCAUGACCUUUGUAAAUAGAUUGCAGAUUAUAUACUUGUCCCAUAUUGUAUAUAGAAACGCGUUGAGCGUUCACACAGUCUUUGCGUAGAUAAAAGAAAAAUUUGACUUAUGACUUCAUAAUACGAAUGACAUAUAGAGAGUUUUUGUAUUGUACAUAUGGUGUGUAUAUAUAAUAUAUAUAUAUACACUAUAUAUAUGUACACACACACACAUACAUACAUAUAUAUUUUUUAUCGAUCACGAUCUCUUACCACUCUUGCAUAUAUAUGUAUAGCGAACGUGAAGCGCCAUUAUUUAACGUUACAUUCGCUUCUUUUUUUUCUUUUUUUUUUUACCAUUUUUACUAUAAGGCUACAAUGAAAAUUGGAGCCCCGAGUGAUUUAUUUUUGAGCUUGGUUCCUGCGUUUAAUUUUGUGAUGUAAAUACGAACAAAAACGAAUCAAGAAUGUUAUUUUCUUUCGAGUGGAUUGCGUUCUGAUACGGAGAUUGAAGAGACCAGUGGCUAAAUUUAGUUCUAUCAAUCUUGAAUUGGCACGUACAAUAGCGUCAAAAAUAAUAAUUGGUUGAAUCGAACUUUUGUGGAACAUAAAUUCAUCUCAUCUAUACGCCCUUUCGGUAGAAAUCUGUUGGAACAUUAUGCACACGCUGAACACAUACAUUAUAUAUACAUUAUACUCAGACACACAUUACAGACACAUACGUGCGAGAUGUCGUUUGAGCGUAUAAUGCGGCAUUGCGCACAAUGCAAAUGUAAUUAUAUGCCAGCGGCGUAUUACAGAUUUCCACGGAAAGGAGCCAAAAAUACACUAGUCAUUUCAAAUUAAUUUGGCGAGCAAAAAAUCGUAGCUCAGUUUCUAGAAAUUAUUCUCAGCGCUUCGUUCGUGAAAGGAAUGAUCGAUCGUCCAAGCAAAUGGCAGGCGUACCACGUAGGUCCACGCGCAGACCCAAACAGACAGAUUAGUGAGCUACACGAUCCCGCUGUAUUCACCCAAGACAAUUAUUUAUUUUUGUACGUACUCGUUGAUUUUCAUCUCCGCGCACUGCAGUUUCCCGAAGAGCGCGCGCGGCCAGCCAGCAUGCAGGACGCAUAUACGCGAACUUCUUAUCAUAGAUUGUGAUAUUUAAUUCUUAACGAUUCGUAGGAUAAUUGUACAUGUGUCUCUAUGUGUUCGGCGGCAGGAAUGUAACGCAUUCUGUUUUCUUUCUCGCGCAGACGGCACGGUUUGAUGUACGUGCGCUCUCGUGCCGUCUCUUGUUAAUUUUUUUCGCCUUAGAAGAGGAAUUUACUAAUCUCGCGGAAAGAAAUCUGCGUUAGUUGUGCGUUAACGAAUGAAUUUCUUUAUCGACGUAGCGAAAAAAAGUCUUAGGAAAGGAUGAAUUAGGCCAAUUUGCGAUAAUUAUUUGAGGAACGAGUGGAGCAAAAGAGUGUGUUUGUGUUGUAUUCGAUAAAAGUGCGCUGAAAUUUCGUUACCGCGUAGUAUAAAGCGACGCUUUACUGAUCGCCACUAAUCCUCUCGGCUACCUGAAACCGUGAUAACUUGUACAUAAAUCGUGUAAGCAAUUAAUUAAUUACCCACGUACCUACAGAUAUCAAUUAGCCGCAUAGUUGUGUAAGGACGUACGAUGUAUUAUAAUACACAUGUAUCUGUGCGAACGUUAAAGAGGAGAGGAGGAGUGAUCCAGCGUAACUCACAGACAUUGACCCUUCAACUGCUCUAACGAAUAUCUCAUUAAUUUAAUAAUCGUGCGCGCAUAGCGUGCGAAUAUUUCGCACGGCAUCGCAUUUAACGCUAAAUGUGGCUCUUCUGAUCCGUCGGCUUCCUUUAUUCGAUAAUGAGAAACGAAAACUGCACGCCCACGUUUAACGCUAAAAGCAGCUUACUUCAUUUCUUUGUUCGCUUGGUUCGCCGAAUGCGAAUCAGACAGCUUCUGCAUUUAGCUCUAAAUGAACGAUUGAAACGGGCCAACGAAAUGUUGCGAAAUGUUAACGUCGAUGCGCGAAGCGGUGCGAACGGUUUUCUAUUUUCCUGAAAAUCACCUGUGUGCGUAUGUACCACAGUUAGUGUUCAUUGCUCAGCGCGAGAUGAUCAUGCCAAUAAAUACCGAGCGAUCCCGAGAAACGAUGCGACACCGAUAACGAGCGCCGUUAAAGAAUCUGCUUCCCGACUGAAAGUGGCUCAGCGAUUGCAGCCGCGAAUUUUCCACCUCAUCGAACUUUGUAUCCCGCAGAGCAAUAAUAAUAGUACGGUCCACGACUAAGCGAGAGUCAGCAGCAAUAAUAAUUUUCGUUAACUAUAAGUUGUACGUGUUACGAAGAAGGUGCAUUCGUGCUCGGAAGCUUUCAAUCACUUGACGAAAUACAGAAGGUAAAUCAACCGUGUAAAAGAAAAUGAGUUAAUUUAUAGAAAUUCAUUUCACGAGAUUAUGAGUUUUAAAUGGUUGAACGUAGACAUUGUUUUUAAAAUUCUCAAGUGUUUUUUCCCAUCAAAAGAAGCAUUAAUUUUUUUAAUCAAAAUUGAGUUAUAUUAAAAAAUAUAUUUUUUACGUAUAAACUAUCUCACGUGUGACAAUAAAAGGAGGUAAAAGAUAUAAUUUUAAAAUACUCCCCGAUCCGAAUUAAAUUCUGAUAAAAAUUUUUUUCAGAUGUACACGUAUUCGCGCAAACUGAAACGUUUUGUUAAAAAAAGAAAGUUCAAAUUUGUUUUAGGGGAAAGAGAGUGAAAGCGAAGGGAGAAUUAUUUUUCUUUAAUUCGGCUCUCCCUCGCUUCGGUAGAAUGCUCGCGCGCGGCAGGAAACGAGAAGUAUUUUAAUUAUUCUGUCACGAAUCCGCGUGAAACUGGGGUGCGGUGGAUGAUACGUGGUAAGUUGAUUAAGACUGACUAUAUCGACGAUACGGAGGGGACUCAGCCGGCGAAUUAGACUGUCGGUGACUUUUAGCGAAUUCUCUUUUUUUUUACAUAGAUUUGUAUAGAUUUUUUUUUCUCUUCAAAUAAUGGGUAUAAUUGUUCACUUAAUUUUUUAUAUAUCGGUGGUAUAUAUUGCUUUGUUGAAACGCGUGCACGUGUUACUAUUAUAGAAGGAUAACCGAUCUAUUAUCAUUGGCACUGUAAUUUCAAAUGGAGAAAUUAAAACGAAAAAAAAAGGGUAUACACUGUCUUCGGAUUUAUCGCAAAACAAGAUAUUUUGUGGCAUUUAAUUUAAAUAUAUGUUUUAUAUUUAUUUGUAAAUCGAUCUCUUUUUAUUUGUCCGCUCACCUUACACCCAUUCGUCGAUUUAUCUUUUUUUUUAUGCAUAUGCAUGCGCUAGUAGGUAGACAAAUUUUUGUGCGAAGAGUGAUAUGUCGCGGGAGCCUGACAAAUCUGCAUACCUGCUGCGUACUUCUACUUAUUUUCACAUAUCAUUAAUUGUAAAUAUGUAUUACAAUACGAUAUCAUUAUGUCGCGUUAUCUAUGUAUAACAAUGAUUCGAUAUUUAAUGCGGCAUGUACAUAUUAUUAAUAUUUGAUAAAUAUUUGAGAUUGUAUCACAUGAUGAUUUCAUAAUCCUGCUAUUUGUUUAUUGAUGUGUAAAUUUUUAUUAAUAUCACUCAUAACGAAUUAAAAAUAUGUCGGUAAUAUUGAUGUGACGUCAAAACAUUUAUUACGUAAUUUUUCAAAAUUACGAAAAUUUAAAUUGUAUGAAUAUGCUCUACAAAACCAAUUAUUUUAUAAAUGUUCUUUGAGGGAUUCUAAAAGAAUAUGUAUCGGUAAUAACAUUAUUUCUCGGUGCU